GCUAAAAAGCUGAAGUUUGGCAUUAUCGCGAGGAGACAACGGCCAAAAAAAGCACAGGCACACAUCUUUCUUUUUAUAAAUCCAUUUCUAUAUCACAAUUUGGAAUGCGUCAUUUUUGGAGUGAAAUAUUUUCAAACACCAGUGUAAGAAAAUCAAAACGUCAUUAUGUACAGAAAAUACAAGGGAGGUAUAUCUAAAUUUAUUUCCAUUUUAAGAUUCAAAAUUUAUCGCAAGAGAUGAAAUUGUAUUCCGAGAUAUCCUUAAUUUUCGCAGCGCGAGUCGCACUCCGAAAAGAGUCGAUAAGAAGAAUCAGAUCAGUCGCAGGGACAACGGUCGCUUUGAUCCGCGCCUGAACAAGCUCCGCUUAUGCGCGGCGCCUUACAUAAAUCGAUGCGCCGCGGCUUUCAGUCCGCGCGAUACAUAUACGAGUAUGUAUGUGUGUACAUAUGUAUGGACCGCUCGUGCUGGACACUGACAGUCUGACAGUAGACUAGACGUAUCCAGUUGGUGCCCGCCGCCAGACUCACGCUCAUCGUCUGGAAGUCGCGUCUUCCGGUGUUCCGGUCACAUCGACGUCGUCGAUCUCGGCACCGGUUUCACUCAAGUGAAUUUUCUACCCGACCGCGUUACAUAGGGAGAGCCGCUGCGAUGAAGGGCCGUCGCGGUCAUCGCGCUGUCGUCGCGAGAAACAGCCUGUCGUCGGGACAGUGGCAGUCACGAUAGUGCGGUACCCGCCGAUGUCGCCAGCGGUGGUCACGACAAGUCUCGUCGCCGAGGCUGACAGCAGUAGCACGAGCCUCAGACGAUAGACCAGGGUGCCGUCACCUCACUCAUCGCGCCCGAGAAUAAUGAGAAUCAACGCGACGAAGAUGAGCACUCCGAUCGAGGAGAAGAUUGAUCAGAAGCUCAAGGUACGGACGGGAAUGGUGACGGUUAGCGAUGGAAAAAGUAAACCUAUCCCGAUGCGUUUGCACUUGUCGAUGGAGGUAUUGAAACUUCAACGAGAGGAUUUGGAGCAGGCAGCGAAUCACAAUAAGCCACCUCUGGACGCCAAGGAGCGCAUGGUGCAAAUUACCAGGCAGAAGGUCGGCGGUCUAGGACUGAGCAUAAAAGGUGGAGCGGAACAUAAACUUCCAGUGCUGAUAUCGAGGAUUUAUAAAGGUCAGGCCGCCGAUCAGUGCGGCCAACUCUUUGUAGGAGAUGCAAUUAUUAAAGUGAACGGAGAGUACAUUACGGCGUGCAAUCACGAUGACGCUGUCAAUAUUUUGAGAAAUGCCGGUGACAUAGUAGUUCUAACGGUCAAACAUUAUCGAGCAGCCAAGCCAUUUCUCCAAAAAAACGAGAAGGAAGAGAAGUUGGAUAAUGUUGCCAAUGGCACAGCGGAAGACGGAUGGAUAUCACCUAAUAGGCAAGGGGGCAGUCCCAGAUGCAGCCACAGUCGACAAAGUUCGAACGCAUCUUCCAGUUCGAUGCAGUAUAAAAGAUGGGUGGACGUCAUUACGGUUCCGUUAAUGAUGGCGUACGUCACAAGAUAUAUAUUUGGCACCGACAAAUUGAGGAGAAACGCGUUCGAAGUAAGGGGUCUUAAUGGGGCGCGUACGGGAGUGAUACACUGCGAUGAUAGCGCUAUUCUCAGCCAAUGGUUAAAAUACAUAACUGAUAACAUUACAGGAUUAACGCACUUGCAGAUGAAACUGUACAAUCGUAAUUUUGGAGUCGGUGAACGUAUAGAAUAUAUGGGCUGGGUGAAUGAGGCAGUAAGCAAUAGUAAUCAACCGUGGCAGAGUUACAGACCGCGAUUUUUGGCUCUAAAGGGACCGGACCUGUUGCUGUUUGAGACACCUCCUUGUAAUAUCGGCGAUUGGUCACGCUGCGCGUUGACUUUCAAGGUAUACCAGACGAUGUUUCGCGUGAUGCGCGAAUCCGAGAACGUGGACGAGCGGCAACAUUGUUUCUUGGCGCAAAGCCCAGGAAAACCGCCACGUUACUUGAGCGUCGAGACCAGGCAGGAACUCCUACGGGUCGAGGCAGCGUGGCACACCGCCGUAUGUUCAGCUGUUACAUAUUUAAAGAGCAAAACCUUCCCAGUGACCUUUAAUAGCAGAAGCGCGGGUUUAACAUUAGAAUGGACUCAAGGAUUUACGUUGUCGUACGAAGGGAUCGGUGAGAUUGCGUGGCGUUACAAGUUCUCUCAAUUGAGAGGCUCCAGCGACGACGGUAAAAGCAGGCUCAAAUUACACUUCCAAGAACCGGAUAGUAUCGCUAUUGAAACGAAGGAAUUGGAGUGUUCCCAGUUGCAAAACUUGUUAUUCUGUAUGCAUGCGUUUCUUACUGCGAAGGUAGCCGCGGUAGAUCCUACAUUUUUAACGUCGACCACUCCGUAAAGAGCUGUAAUAUAGAUGUAAUAUGAUAUAAACAUUUUUGCCGACGAGAAUCACCAAGUGAAUCACUUUUGUGUUCUGUUGUCGUUAUACGGACUAGAGAGAGAGAACUUGAAAUGCGCUGAAAAUUUACUGGAAGGAAGCAGAAAAUGGAAGCGACAGAAACUAGUCAAUAUAUCCAAAAAGUAUUUUUAUCAUUUACAUACAUAUACAGAUCACAAAGCGGUACUACUCUAUUCAUCCUACCAAGCCAAUUUCACUAGUAUACAUAUGAACCUAACGGCUAUUAUAGUAUUAUACGCAUUUAGAUAUAAGAAUUCCCGAAUUCUAGAAGCGGCAGUGCGCAUUUAUUGUCCGACUGCGACGCAAUUAUGUUAUAUGCUUUUGCUCUAAGUAUAUUCAUUCUUUUUUGAAUUUUUGAGAAACAUAAUAUCAUGUUUUGUGUGUAUACAUGACUAUAUAUAUUUAAUAUAUAGUGUAUGCUAUUUUAAUUAUAUUUUAGUAAUUUGUUCUCUCUCUUAUUUUGAAUCUUUUGAUUGUGCUUUCGUUAAUAUGGAAUAUAUAAA